GCGUGCGGCCCGGGGUCUUUACCCGCCCCCGCCCCGCCCCGCGGUGCGUCCGCGGUCCGAGCGCUCUAAGAUGGCGGCGGUGGAGCCGGAAACUACUCCCAACCCCCAACCUGCAGAAGAGGAGAAAACUGAGCCAGCACCUAGUCAGGAGGUUGCCAGCCCUGAACAGUAUAUUAAACAUCCACUACAAAACAGAUGGGCACUCUGGUUUUUUAAAAAUGACAAGAGCAAAACUUGGCAAGCAAAUCUUCGUCUUAUCUCAAAGUUCGAUACUGUUGAGGAUUUUUGGGCUUUAUACAACCAUAUCCAGCUCUCUAGUAAUUUAAUGCCUGGUUGUGACUACUCGCUCUUUAAGGAUGGGAUUGAACCCAUGUGGGAAGAUGAAAAGAACAAGCGAGGAGGCCGAUGGCUAAUUACACUAAACAAGCAGCAGAGACGAAGUGACCUUGAUCGCUUCUGGCUAGAGACACUGCUGUGCCUUAUUGGGGAGUCAUUCGAUGACUACAGUGAUGAUGUGUGUGGUGCUGUUGUUAAUGUUAGAACUAAGGGUGAUAAAAUAGCAAUAUGGACAACUGAAUGUGAAAACAGGGAUGCUGUUACGCAUAUAGGGAGAGUAUACAAGGAAAGAUUAGGACUUCCUCCAAAGAUAGUGAUUGGUUAUCAGUCCCAUGCAGACACAGCUACUAAGAGCGGCUCCACCACUAAAAAUAGGUUUGUUGUUUAAGACGACACCUUCUGAGUAUUCUUUCAUAGGAGACUGCGUCAAGCAAUCGAGAUUGGGAGCUGAACCAAAGCCUCUUCAAAAGCAGAGUGGACUACAUUUAAAUUUGAUUUCCAUCUAAAUGUUGCUAAGAUUUGUGAGGAGUCUCAUUCGCCUUUGUCUUGUACUUCUAUGUUCAAUUUUUCUAUUUUGGCUGAAGUAACCAUUACCAAUCGGAAUUUUAGAACACUUCGCCCCCCAAAUCCAUAAGUGUGUUUCUGGCCCACUCUGUAAUAUCUUGGUAGAAACAUUACUAUUGCAAAAAACUAAUUUGUUUAUCCACAGUAUUCAGAAAAGAAGUUGCAUUUCUGUACCUGCAGGAAAUUAUUCUGUUUUACAUUUGCAUUGUAUGCAGUAAGAUUUUGCUGGUUUGGAAAAGAGUAUGGUGCAUACAGUUUUCUAGCAAUUUUUUAUACAGCAUCAUCUUUGCUGUAACCUCUGCUGAUGGCUGCUAGAUUAAUUUAUUUGUUUUCCCUAUUUGAGAACAUUAGUGAUAUUUUGAUUUCAGUUGUUUUUGCUCAUGUAACAUUUGGUGAAGAAUCUGGGAGUAUGACAAAGGUGGAAUAAACAUGAUUUUUGUGCAUUCUUUGGUAAUUUUUUGGUUUUUUUGUAACAUCAAAGCUUUGCUACAGAUUUAUGCAUUUCAGUCAAAUCAGUGAUCUUUUUGUGUGAUUUCCUGAACAUAAAUGUGGAUUUUUUUUUUUUAAUGUAACACCAUAAUUUACAUUCCUUACUAGAAAUAGUAUGUCUGUUUUUGUAUCUUAUGCUGUAUUUUAACACUUUGUAUUACUUAGGUUAUUUUGCUUUGGUUAAAAUGGCUCAAGUAGAAAAGCGGUCCCAUUCAUACUAAGACAGUGUACAAAACUGUAAAUAAAAUGUGUACAGUGAAUUGUCUUUUAGACAACUA